AUGAAUGCAAAAACAAGAGUCAGCGUGCAUAUCAAUCCUCAAUCUCCGUACUUAAAAAAAGUCUCAAAUGCAAUAAAUUCAAACUCUCAAUUAAGCAGCCACAAAAAUAGGUUUAUUAUCAAAAAAUCAGGGAUUCUUAAUGGAAGCUUCAAUCAUGCUCAGCCUGAAAAAUCAGCAAAACCUCCUUUAUCUCCUACUUCAGUCAAUCCAAAAAUCAGCCUUCCAUUUGAAAUAAGACCUCUUAUUAAAAACGCAGCCUUUAUUAAGCCUAAAGAAACUGAAGAAAACUCAAUGCUUCAGUUUACAAAUGAUAAAGAAAAUAUAUUUUGCAUGCCUUAUGAACUCACUGACUCCCCCAUUAGUAAGCAAAUUUUUAUUUAUUGUUCAAGCUUUAAUUUUUAAAUAGUUAAUUUAAAUAGAUCAAAAUUUGCUUAUUGGCGGGGGGAGUGAGCAAAAGAAGCCAAUCCAUAAAAGAAGAGUUGAAAUCAAAAUAAUUCCAAAGCAUCGGCCAAGCACAAGACCACUGUCUGAUAUUUGUUUAAGAAAUGAAUGCAAUGUGAUGACUGAGCCAAGCUUCCAAAGCGAAGCAAGCUCGUUUUCGCCAGACUCCAACCACAGCGUGAUUAUGCAAAACACAUCAAUUCCCCCUAGAAGCCAAAGAUUUUAUGAUCUUUCAAAGAAAUUCAAAAUAAACCGAGAUCAUCUAACCCUGCAGCUUUCUAAACAGUCUAAAAGAACUCUAUCACAGUGCCCCUCACUUGAAAAAGUGAUCGGAAGCAGCAGAGCAUUCACUCCAGACAUUGGAAAUUUGCCUCCUUGGGAAGAAUUUUUGCAUGCUCUUGAUGAAAUAUCUUAG